GAAAGUGUGGCGUUACUGCGCAUGACAGAUGCUGUUGUCGGUCUUGUGCUACGCUAAAACCGUCUGUCAUCAGAUUUCACUAGCAUCCUCCUAGUGUUGAUAUAAGAGGAUUCGUUUUUGAAAUGGCGGAGGUUGAAGAGACUUUGAAGAGAAUCCAAUGUCAAAAAGGUGUUCAAGGGAUUAUUAUUGCUAACGCUGAAGGCAUCCCCAUUAAAACGACCCUGGAUAAUGCAAGCACAGUUCAGUACGCUGGGCUCAUACACCAGCUUCUUAUGAAGGCCCGCAGCACAGUCAGAGAUAUCGACCCACAGAAUGACUUGACUUUCCUGAGAAUUCGCUCCAAAAAGAAUGAGAUAAUGAUCGCACCUGAUAAGGACUACUUUCUUAUUGUCAUUCAGAACCCUUCGGAAUAAGAGGACCACAUCUCACUCCCUUUUUAUGCUUUUUUUCAUGAUCAGUCUCAAUUAAAUGGCCAAAAGUAGUUUCAUUUUGAUUUUGUUUGCUGAGAAACAGUACUGUGCAUGUGGCACAAAAUGCACUUAAAAAGCAAUUUGGUGCUCCAGGUUGAGCCGUAGACCAAUAAGGAACCAGUCAGUUUUGCUGCCAUUACCAUAUUAUUUGCAUGCCAUUAUUUGGGAAUCUGUCAGCCUUUGGCAGGGAACCUGUCUAAGGUUGGCCUAAGAUCAAGAACCACACAGGAGACAAGAACAAUUUGUAGCCUUGAAAAGCCAUGCUCUUUGAGGGUGAAAAGCAUGUAGAGAUGCACAUUAGUGUUCUGAGUCAUUCCAGUGCUCUUCCCGCAUCAUACUUCCUUAUUUAUUCAUGUUUACUCAUGAUUCUAAUGUCAAAUUGCCAAGCAUCUGUCCAAGACUUCUGCUCAUAGUGGAACACUACAUACACAAGUAUUUAUGGCUGUUUUCAAGUGAUGCUUCAUGUGGUAAAGGAAUAAAGCUGCAAUAGAGAAUGUUUUGAA